UCUUUAUUGUUGAUCAUCAGCAGUAUUUGAAAUUCGCAGAGCAAUUGGUAGGCUCGGCGGGAUAUAUCAUUCGAGCAUUAAACUACAGUAUGUUAUAGAGGUCUGGGAUUGAUCACCGAUAGAAGCUAUUGUUGAUGCUCAAAACAACUGGGUGCAGUUGAGAGUCCCUCGUUCCAUUUACAGUGACUCCUAUCCAGUCAGGCAGUCCACAUUGACCACGUUGAGUUCCCUUAUCACAAGAAUAUCAACUUCCGACCUCCUUCACGUUUCCAUCCUGACCCAUUAUAAGGAGUCAUGAUCCAAGAUUUCAGAGAGUGUAGGUCCUGCAACAUCACUAGGUGAGCUCCAAGGGACUAAUUUACUGCGCACCUGCACCCUCUGAGUCUGCAGCAUUUAGGCCUUCCAAAGUAAGUGCAAAGUUGAUGGUGCCUGUCCUGUGGCUCCUCGUCUGUAGCUCCAUGUCGUUCAACUUGACGUCCACCUUGAUAGGCUCCCAAGCACAGACACUUUGAAGAAGUAGAUGAAGCCUUGCGUGAUCGUCCGUCUUUGAAGAGUGGUCACUCUGUCAGCUUUCUCAUCAAGGGUUGUAGCACUUCACUUCAUUACCUUUAAUCGCGGCUACGCGCUUGAACCAGAAUGCUUCAUUCAAAUAUUCAAAAGCAUUGGUUAAAAAAGUCUAUCACUCCAGUUCAACUCAUGGUUCUGAAAGAAUAGGGUCAGUCUCUCACUCUCCACUGAGGUUGAUGGCAACAAUUGUUUCUGUAAAUCAUACUGCAAUCUGCAUACAUGACAGGAAAGGCACAGAUUUAUCCACGCUCUUUCAGGUCUGCAGCAACUGCAUUAAUGAAACAGUGAUGCUAUUAACGUGGAAAUUUCUCUAUUUUAUGAAGCUGAGAUAGCUUUACAGUGACCUUGGUCAAUGAGUUAGGAAGACAAGGAGCUUAAUUCCUGCAAAACAAUUUCUAUCACGUAGGCAUUGGAGCUUUCCAGUGGGCAUGGUGUUUGUGAGCUGGUGAUUGGCAACAUGGCUGACUCUUGUUGGGGAAGUCGGCUUCGUUCUUUGCUCCAUCGUCAAGGCUUUCAGGUCGAAGAGCAUAUUUCAUCAAUCGAUCCGGUUAGCGACUCUGGCUCUGGUAGCACAAAUGAGAUCACAUGUGGAGGAAACGCAGAAAAAGCCAAUCUUGCCACCCAAGAAAUGAGAUGGGUGAGAGGCUGGCAGGGUUUGGGUUAUCAAUGAACCUGAUCACAUUCCUCACUUUAGAGAUGCACAUGCCGACAGUCAAAGCUGCAAACAUCAUCACCAAUUUCGGAGGAACCUGUGGCCUGACCCCACUUGUGGGAGCAUUCAUUGCAGACGCCUAUCUGGGGCGUUUCAAGACCAUCGCCAUAACCUCGAUUAUAUACAUGCUGGGUGUUGUACUCUUGACGUUAUCUGCAGCGUUUUCCUCUCUCCGACCACCUUCAUGCAAUUACCAUAUGGGAGUCUCUAGUCUAAUCUGCAAAGAGCCUUCAUCAAAGCAACUGUGGUAUUUUUUCAGUUCUCUCUUCUUGUUGGCAGUAGGAACAGGUGGUAUUAGACCGAACACAGCCCCAUUCGGAGCGGACCAAUUCGACCCGUCUCAUCCUAAAGAGAAAAACCAACUUUGGCAUUUCUUCAACUGGUAUUACUUCUGCGUUGGUAUAUCAAUUCUUGGAGCACUUACCGUAAUAGUUUGGGUACAGGACAAUGUGGGAUGGACAUGGGGCUUUGGGAUUCCAGCAGGCGCAAUGGCAAUUGCUUUGUUGAGUUUCUUCAUUGGAGCACCAUUCUUUCGGUACAUGCCUCCUGUUGGCAGCCCCUUCACCCGCAUUGCACAGGUCAUUGUGGCUUCAUAUCGCAAGCGAAAACUCUCAUUGCCAAGCGACACUUCACUGCUUCACAGAAGGAAUGACAAAGGUGAACUCAUCAACUAUCCAGCCGUUAUCGAGCUCCAUCACAGCAAUCAAUUCACAUUACUAGAUAAGGCUGCCAUCGUGGAGGAAGACAACAACAUGAGCUCACAUGCAAGCCGAUGGCGCCUCUGCACAGUCCAUCAAAUUGAGGAGUUGAAGUCGCUUCUGCGCAUGGCGCCAAUCUGGAUGACCACCAUCCUCGUCUCCACAGUCAUAGUGCAGCAGGGGACCUUCUCAGUGCAGCAAGCCCGCACCAUGAAUAGGUGGAUGGGAUAUAACUUCCAGAUGCCAGCCGCCUCGUUCGGAGUGUUCGGCAUCCUUAUGCUCCUCACAUGGGUCCCCAUUUACGAUCUAUAUGUCAUGGGCUGGCUCAAAAAGGUCACUGGCAAUGAGAGAGGCGUGACGCCCCUCCAGCGCAUUGGCGCUGGCCUCUUCAUCGCCAUUCUGUCCAUGGUGGCUGCAGCGGCAGUGGAAGUCAAACGUCGAAAUGUAGCGCACCGACAUGGUCUCCUUGACAGACCAGAUCUUACAGUCCCCAUCUCUGCGUUCUGGUUGGUCCCUCAGCAUUGCCUCUUCGGCCUCGCAGAAUCGUUUGUAUUCAUCGGAGAGCUGGAGUUCUUCUACGACCAGUCUCCUGAGAGCAUGCGCAGCACUGGUACCGCUCUGUUCUGGAGCACCUUCGCACUUGGCAACUACGUAAGCACGGCCUUGGUGACUCUCAUCGAUCACAACACGAAUUGGCUAGAAAACAACCUGAACCGGGCUCAUCUCGACCACUUCUACUGGUUUCUAGCCGUUCUGAGUACUGUCAAUCUACUGUUCUUCCUCUUGUCUGCGCACUGGUUCCGAUACCGCAACGAGGGAUUAGACCCUGACCUGGAUAUUCAUCUCGAAACCUCAGCGGCGUUGAAACCCAACUAGACACACUAGACUUGAUUUCUCAAUAAUGGUGUACACACGAUGUUUUCGUUCAAAAUUUCUGACACAAGGAACACAUAACUACGCAUAUUUCGACACUCACGGACAAGUCCAAUUCCGCCGCAGGUACUGGUUGCCAGGAUGUUAGUUACAAAACCCUGACACAGGAAAAAUUAAACUAAUUUUUUAGCCGUGGAGGGAGAGGAAACCUACAAUUUUUGAACACUUCCUGAAACAAAAUUAGACUUCCAAGAAGAAUUAGAAAAGCAUUCUUUUGAGUAUUUUUCAAGGUGUAUGUUAUCUACAAGCUAUUGUGUUGUCGGAAAACUUCUUCGUUGCUCCGUCACUGGUGAGCCAAGAAAACGCACAGAAAUGCAGCAGAAGGCGAAGUUGAUAACAGUCGUGCCUCUGUGACUCUGAUGCACAACAGUUCUGCUGAAGUGCAUGUGUCUGUAAGGGUUUUCUUAUUCUUCUGAACUUCAUUUGUAGAUGUUCCUUUGGUUAUUGUAUUUUUGGUUGCUUCUUUGUUAA